UCUGUUGCUUAGACUUGCAGCGCGUUUUCUUGAUUUGCUCCUCGUAUGUGAAUUUCUUGAACCCUCCGACCUGGGACCUUGAGACAAGUCCUUCUCUCAACUUGAUACCUGUGUGUCAACUUGAAUUAUUUCUGAACUCUUUCGGUAUCACAAGUCCAUGAUGAGGUCUCAGAAAUCAUACCUGCCUAAGUCUCAAGGGUUGUGUGCCUUUUGUCACCCUGCUUUAUCAGUUUAUUUUAGCUAAAGCAAUUCAAUUGCCUGUAAUUUACUGUCAGUUUUUAAUACCAAAGUAGAGCAUCGAAUGUUUCCCCUCGAAUAUUCCGAGUAAACUGCCUUGAUUUUCGCAACAGAUACAUCAUGAUUUUAAGAAAGUUGUCCUCGUACCUGAGUCUGAGAUGUGAUCUCCGCCGCACUCUAUCUUCCAAAACUGAACCGCAGAUUGCCGAAGAAAUUGCCAAAUUACUGGCCCUGAAAGCCAAGGUAACUUCUGAGGAUGGAACCAGCAGUUCCAAAUGCAAACUUAUCCUUAAAACUCCUAAAGGUACCCGAGAUUAUGGUCCUGAGCAUAUGGCUUUAAGGAACAAUGUUCUCUCAAAAAUUGUUGAUGUAUUCAAACUCCAUGGUGCUGAAACAAUUGACACUCCUGUUUUUGAAUUAAGGGAUGUGCUCUUGGGGAAAUAUGGUGAAGACUCAAAAUUAAUAUACGAUCUAGCUGAUCAAGGAGGAGAGAUUUUAUCCCUUCGAUAUGACUUAACUGUUCCUUUUGCCAGAUAUCUGGCAAUGAAUAAGAUAUCCAAUAUUAAACGUUACCAAAUAGCCAAAGUAUACAGGAGAGAUAACCCAACCAUGACUAAAGGCCGGUAUAGGGAAUUCUAUCAAUGUGAUUUUGAUAUUGCUGGACGGUAUGAUCCAAUGGUACCUGAGGCUGAAUGUGUGAGGAUAGCGUGUGAAGUUCUCUCUCGGUUUGACCUAGGCUCUUUCAAACUUAAAAUUAAUCACCGGCAACUUUUAGAUGGGCUGUUUGAAGCUUGUGGUGUCUCCAGUGACCAAUUUAGGACUAUCUGUUCGUCAGUAGAUAAGCUUGACAAGUUUCCAUGGGAAGAAGUUAAAGCUGAAAUGGUGAACGAGAAAUAUUUGUCCCCUGAAAUUGCAGAUAAAAUUGGCGUGUAUGUUCAACAAAGGGGGCACAAAGAACUUGUCGAUAAAUUACUUGCUGAUGAAAAUCUCAGCAAAUAUCAGUCUGCAAAAGAUGGUCUUGACGGAAUCAAGCUGUUACUUGAAUAUUGUGAAUACUACAAUGUUGCUGAUAAAGUGUCUUUUGACCUGAGCCUUGCCAGAGGAUUAGAUUACUAUACUGGUAUUAUUUAUGAGGCUGUAUUGUGUGGUGGAGAAGCUGAUGGAGUCGGUAGUAUCGCUGGUGGUGGCAGAUAUGACAAUUUGGUUGGAAUGUUUGAUGCUAAAAACAAAAGUGUUCCAUGUGUAGGUAUUUCCUUUGGUGUGGAGAGAAUUUUUUCGAUUCUUGAGGCCAAAAAUACUGCCGAAAAAACAAAACCUCGGACCACGGAAGUAGAAGUGUAUGUUGCCUCUGCUCAGAAGAAUCUUAUUACUGAAAGAAUGAAAAUCAUCAAUGAGCUAUGGCAGAAUGAUUUCAAAGCAGAGCAUUCUUACAAAAUGAAUCCAAAGAUUCUCAUUCAGUUACAACACUGCGAAGAGACCAGUAUUCCAUGGGCCGUAAUAAUUGGGGAAGAUGAGCUUAAAAGAGGAGUUGUCACUUUACGUCAUGUUCCUAGCAGACAAGAAGAAGAAGUGAAGCGUGAGUCGUUAGUAGAUGAGCUCAAGAAUAAGUUAAGAAAAUAAUUUUUAAGAAACCGUACUCUGUCCAAUCGUCCAUGCAUGCACAGGUACUUAAAUUCACAUCCUUAUUUUUCUAUUUCCUCUGAUAAAGAAAUACUUUUACGGAGGUUUGAAAUGAAAAA